CCCCGCUCUUUUCUGGGAGUAUUGACACGCAGCGGGGCGGUGCAGAUGUGUUGUCAGGAACCGCACAUGUUGCACAAUCACUGCCAAACAGACCACUGACAUGCCGGAUAAACCUUUUUCUGGAUGGCUCUUCUCAGCAGUGUGAGCAGAUGAGUGUUUAUGCCAAAUUGCUGCCAACACAAUGGGGCAAACCGAAUGAGACGGCAUGUGGGUGUUCAUGGAGCGAAGUUUAGCCACGGUUUGGGCCUUCCUGCUGGGAGCCGGACUCACUCUGGCCUUCUCUGUUGCAACAACCAAGAACGUCCCUCAAUCGCUGCAGCUCCUCGGCUGUGUGUUCAUACCUCGAAGUAACGUCACCUGCCACUGGACGCCUGGAGACAAUCAGGCAACGUACUAUACCCUUAAAGCUGAAAAAAUGCUAAGAUCAAAAAACUUGACAUUCAGCUGUACCACAACCGGGUUGAGCUGCACCGCAGGAAUCAACGGAUCCGGACUGAGGUUCACGUUUUGCAUCAGCGUCAUAUCGCACAGCAUAAGUGGAAAUGUUUCAUCUAAAAUUCGGUGCCAGUCUGCAAGAAUAGAAGGAAAACUGGCUCCAGUGAGUUUGAACAGCGUCCGACAAGUUGACGGUUCCCCUCACUGCCUGAGUGUGUCCUGGACAAGUAAUGUGACUCAUUUCCCCCUGGCUCCUUUUGAAAUUGAACGUGGAGAGCUGAAUUCCCAAAUAAAGUUUACAGCAGAGGGAGAGGUAAAUGCUCAGGUCAGGAAUGUGAGUGUAACUGGAUAUACUUUCCAGGUGUGCCUCUUCAAGCCAUACACCUCGUAUACGCUCGAGAUUCGAAACCGUUACCUGGGCGAGGCCAGCCCCUGGAGCGAGUGGAGCAACCCAUUUCAGGGAAGGACAGCAGAGGCUGCCCCGUCUGCAGCACCAGCUCUCUGGAGGGAGGUGGGACCUAUCGGCAGGAACGGACGGAGGCUCAUUUCUCUGCUUUGGAAGCCGCUGCCUCGCUUCAUGGCCAACGGCAGAGUUACCUUCUACAAUGUGACUUGUCGGGCAGAGAAUGGUCUGACUCUUAGCGAUUACGGGAGCUGUGGAAAACUGCAGCCUGAAACCACGUCCUGCAGCUUGCCUCUUCCUGCUGGACGUUGCUCAUGUAGCCUGACGGCAUCCACCUCUGCAGGGACAUCACCCAAAGCCUUGGUCUGGAUCUCAGGCUCCUCUGAAAAAGAGCCGCCGCCUCCGGCCGAGCUCACGGCCACGCCGCUGGGUGACGACAGCGUGAAGAUUCGCUGGAGGCCUCCGCCAGAUCUGUCAGUGAGCGGCUUCGUGGUGGAGUGGGUUGCAGUCAGAGAGGAAACCAGCAGCGUUCUGCACUGGGAAAAGCUGAAUAGUUCCUCUACGAAGCUGAUCAUCACAGAGGGAGUGAAGACAAUGGAACGUAACGCCAUCUCCGUCAAGGCUCUGUAUGGCGAACAAGGAGCAGGAGGAAAUAUAACGCUCCAUGUUUAUACGCAGGAAGGAACGCCCUCAGCUGGUCCCGAUGUGCGGGUGGAGCACAUUUCUGAAACCUCGGUGGAGCUCAGCUGGAGUCCCGUACCUGUGGAGCAGCUUCAUGGCUUCAUUAGGAGCUACGCCCUCGUUUGCACCACCCGAAACCAGCUGGCAAGGAGUGUAACUGUGCCAGGCGACCUCCACCGCUACACUCUGGAGAAUAUGUCGCCUGGUAUUUACGACAUAUUCAUUCGCGCCAGCACCGUCGCCGGUACUGGUCCAGCUGGGAACCCGGCUAACGUUCACAUUGGCUCCGAGGAAAUAUCGAUAGUGAUCUGCAUCAUCGUUCCACUGCUGCUGAUGUCACUGGUGUCGAUUCUGAUACUCCUUCUGGCUCAGAUGAGAGUGAUAAAGAAGAAGCUCUUCCAUAGAGUGCCAGAUCCUUCUAACAGCACCGUGUCUCAGUGGAACCCUACAACCAGCUUCGAGAAUAAGAAGCUGAUUAUGGAGCAAGAGAAGCCAGAAGUCAGCUUCCCUGAAGUCAUCGGGAGGCGAGAUCCAGAGCGGGCCCACAGCUACUUACCCAUCUGCAAAGCUCAGCUCUGUUUCGACCCGCAGCUCUCCUCUUUCCCGGCCAGAGCAUCAGAUAGAGGAUAUAUCACAAACAUGACCAAGACCCAGUCUGCCGACGAUCUUUCCAUCAGGCCCUGGAGCUACUCCACUGUCCUCUACAACCAAUGCAACCAGAACCCGCCGUCCUCUCCUCAGGCCGGUCAGAAAGCCGAUAUCUGCCGUAAUGACAGUAACCAGCCAGCAGAUGGAGUCAGUGAGUCAUCAGUCUUCCCGUUUACGGAGUCAGAAGAACAGAAAGCCUUUGCUGUUUUUCUGGAGCGCCUUAAAAGCCUUCAGUCUUCUUCACCGGACUUCAGCGGUACUCCUCCUUCCUGCGUCUCACUUCCUCACCAGACUGAUUCACCGAGGUUAAACGCGACGCUGUCGGCUUACAGGAAACUUCCGUCUGACAGCUUUGCAUCAACAUUUCCCUCUCUUGCCUUUAUGGAUUUAUCCUCAUCCCCUGUGGAGUUUGGCCCUUACAUCUCCUCUGAUCGCUACAUUAAGAUUUAAGAUUAUGAACCAAGACGUUAUUUUCUAGCACGAAGUGUCAUAGAUCUCUCCCAAAAUGUAAUUACACUGGGGUAUCCCUUUUGAAACUGUUAAUAUCUCAGUUUUUAAUUAUUCGUUAAUUUAAAAAAAUUAUUUAUACCCUUGUAUCAAUGGAGACGUCUUCGAUGCUUUUUGCUUACCUGCUCUGGUAUUUUUGCUCAUUUAUGUUUCGCAAUGAGCUCAACGUUUGUGAGGCUGGUUUGCACCAUUAGUGAAUCAGUCACAUGAGAGCAACCUGAUAAGUUUUGGUCAAAUCGUGUUAGCAAAUACUGACUGUAGUACCUGUGUAAUAAUAAUGAUUCUGUCAAAUAAAGUUGUGGAAGUCAACUUCAGAUAAAACAAAACAAAAAUAGUUACUGUCUAAAUGCGUCUGGACCUCACAGUGAUUUAAAGAUAUAUAUAUAUAUAUGUGUGUGUGUGUAUAUAUGUUCUCUUAUUGAUGGUUGUAAUAUGUCUUUGUUUUAAAAACUCGGUUGAAAGCUCAUUAAGUUUACGUGAGCCAAAGUUUCGCUAAACAUUCCACUCAUUUCUCUAAAUUUAUGAUCACAGAGCUGUGAAAAUGUCGAGUCGCUGCUUUUUUCGGUGUUUGAGCCGUUUUGAAGUUUUUUAAUGUGAAUAUUUGACUCUUUAUGCCCAGUGGGGCGACAGUGACAGCUCAUCCUCUAACCGGUCUGAGGAAGACGCUUCGCCCGCCUCGCCUCCGUCAGGCUGCUCCUCAGCACCGCCAGUGUGUGAAUGUGUGUGUGAAUGUAGCGUGCGGCGCGAUGGGUUUGAUAAAGCGCUGUGCAAGUACAGGACAUUUACCGUUUUACUUUAUGUUGGGAAUGAAACGUAUGUCUUAAACUGUAAAUAGCAAACUGUUGUGCCUUUAACUUUCACUCGAAUGUUUAAAACUUUUACUUCUAUUUAUGUAUGCAGCUGAAAACCAAUGCAGCUUUCCCUUUGUUGAUUGGUGGGAUUUUGUGUUAACAAGUUUGAAUCUAAAAUCUUGCAUAAUUUCGACAUAACUGUAUUCCAGCACGGCAAGAAGUUGUAUUUACGUUUCUUGUUUUCUGAUCAAACUUGUUCUGUUCCCUCUCACAUUGCUGCAUUUUGGAGAGUGACCUGGGACUGUGAAAAAACCGUUGUCUAGUUUGUAGAUCUGCAAAAAGCAAACUGCUGAAGUAGGAUUCAGCUUCAAAGAAAUUAGGCAUGUUUAUAGCAUGUUUUAAAUUUGUAAUUUUAUUAAAACAUCUGCCUUGUCCGUAAAGCUUUUCUGCCUUGAAAAAUGUUGACACCGCUU